AACAUCGAUGUUGCGCUGUCUCCCCCGCUAAGGAUUCUUCUAUAAAAUUGAACCCCACAAGAAGCCAAAGAAAAGCAAGUGACUCACACAAGUUCUUAGUUCUUACUUAGCCAAGGCACAAGAAGAGCUUUCUCAGUGUGUGAGAGAGUGUUUGGAUAGAUGGGUGAAGAAUUGAAGCUAUUGGGUAUGUGGGGGAGCCUGUUUAGCCGGCGAGUCGAGAUGGCUCUGAAGAUCAAAGGGCUUAAAUAUGAGUACUCGGAGCAGGAAAUAUUCCACAAUAAGAGCGCUUCGCUUCUCAAGUACAACCCAGUGCACAAGAAGGUACCCGUGCUCAUCCACAAUGGCAAACCCAUCGCCGAAUCUCAGGUGAUUCUCGAGUACAUUGACGAUACAUGGAAGGACCACCCGAUCUUGCCACAAGAUCCGUACGAGAGAGCGAUGGCUCGUUUCUGGGCUAAGUUCUUGGAUGAAAAGUGCGUGCCAGCUCUCUGGAAGGCCUGCAUGAGCGUAGGGCCCGAGAGGGAAAAGACACAGGAGGAAGCAUGUGAGCUCUUGAGCACUCUCGAAGGCGAGCUCAAGGGCAAGAAGUUCUUCGGAGGCGAGAACAUCGGGUUCGUCGACAUCGUGGCCGACGUGCUCGGGUACUGGGUCGGAGUCCUCCAAGAAGCGGUCGGGGUCGACGUCUUGACCGAGGACAAGUUCCCCGUGCUGUGCAGGUGGGCCGAAGACUUUCGGAAUUGCCCGGUCGUCAAGGAGAAUCUGCCUCCAAGGGACAAGCUCUUGGCCUUCUUCAUAACUCAAUCCGAGAUGUUAAACAGCCUUCAGCAAAAGUGAAGUGCGAGUUUGGGGUCGUCCUUGGGUCGUGGUGUGAUUGGGUUCUUGUGUUCGAGUCAGGGCUUUUUAGUAGUAAUAAAGCUGAUCCAAGUGGGGUUUUAGGGGUCUUGCAUCUUGAUAGUGGUGGCCCGUGAUAAUCAUGGUUUACUUAACCAUCAAUUUG